GGAACAUUCCUGCUCUGACGGCCCGGCUCCCGGGCGCUGCCAUGAUUUGCUGAGCAAUACGAUACUUGCCCCUGGGGUGUGUGUGUGUGUGUGUGUCUGUCUCUCUGUGUGAGAGCGAGUGUGUGCGCGCGGCGCGCUGAAAAGAGCAGUUGUGUGGGAGCGAAGUGAGUGAGUGAGGGAACGAGACGGACAAAAGGAGACCGUUCGCCCUCAGCCCCCCGAGAAACGUGAUUUACCUGCGCGCGCGCGCGUCUGCGUUCGCGGGCAGAGCGGCGCGCGGCGGCUCCCUCCGCUCCUACUUGCCGCCGGAACACACGGGGCUGCGCCUGCGGGCCGCGCGCGAUGGAGGGCCCCGUGCGGAUUGCCCGCGCAGAGCACGAGCUGUGCCCGUGAGCGGCCCGAAGCGCGCGCCCACCCGAGAGCGCGAGGUGUGCGGGCCGAGCCGACGCUAUGGCUGCUCUCCGGAGACUCCUGGCGACCUUCGUGUGUCUCACCCAGCCUCUGCUCUUCAGCUGCACAUACGCGUCCCCGUCCUUUCGAUCUGAGCCCUUCUCCACCGUGCAGAGGCAGGGGGCCGCGGUGGUGCUGCGAUGCUCGGUGCGCCAGGCCUCCGCGAUGCUCUCGUGGCGGUUCCGGGGGCGGCCUCUGGAGGCGGGCGGGGAGUUGGGCGGUCCGCACCUGGGGCCCGGCUCCCUUACCCUGCCGUCUCUGCAGCCCGGCCAGACGGGGGCUUACCAGUGCGUCGCGCACGUGGGGUCAAGGUCCAUUGCCAGUCGCUUAGCGCACGUCUCCAUCGCAGGAAUCUCAGAGUUUGACGAAACCAUUCGGCGAGCUGUCACUGUUGAGGAAGGCGGCACCGUGGUCAUCGAGUGCAAGAUGCCUCCCAGUAACCCCGCCGCCCUUCCCCGGGUGCGGGUGCGAGGGGAGUGGCUGGGGCAGUCCACAGAUGACUUUUUAAUCCUUCCUUCGGGGAGCUUGCAGAUCAUCUCGGCAUCCCCUCAACACCAGGGGACGUACAAGUGCGGCGCGUACAACCCCGUGACGCGGGAGCUCAAGUCAGAGGCCCACGGGACCAAACUCACCGUGAAACAGCGCCGCGCGCCCUCUCCCGUGCGCAUCGUCUAUCCCGUCGCCCGGCAGACCCUCGCCGUCACUCAGUCGGAGGACCUCGUUCUGGAGUGCGCCCUGGCAGGAAGCCCCUCCCCCAGCGCGCGGUGGUCCAAGGAUGGAGAAGAGGUGGUGCUGAAUGCUGCUCGCAGACUGUUGCACAACAAUCUCGUCCUGACUGGUGUUGGGAGGAGUGACGAAGGGAUCUACCAGUGUUCUGCUCGGACCAACACUGGGGAGGUGGUCAGCGCCACCUACGCCGUCACGGUGCUCGAGCCUGCCUCCGUGCCGCAGGGCUUGACAGAUCAGUCGGUGCCCGCCGGCUCUUCUGCUGUGUUUACCUGUGUGGCCAAGGGAAACCCCGCCCCCAACGUCACGUGGCUCUUGAACUCUGCUGCGAUCACCUUCUCACCGCACCGACACAUCUCUGACUCCUCCCUGCACAUCAGUGAUGUCACAGCAGAGGAUCAGGGGAUAUACCAGUGUCUGCUCGACAACGGGAUUGGUUCUGCUCAGUCGGCUGCCGUCCUCACCGUCCUGCCAGGACCUCUGGCGAGUUCCUCGGCGUUUCCUGCGAUGAGCUUUCCGGUUUCGAGCAGCCCGCUUCAGAAUGAUGAGGGGGAGGAGUCUUUCGUGCAGGUGGAAGGGCCAGGAAACGGCGAGGACGCGCCCACCUUGGGGACCAACGACCUGCCUACUCCGGAGGCGCCGAUCAUCACGAGCCCUCCGCAGACGCACAAGCACGACGUCUACGACCUCGAGUGGAGAGCAGGGAGAGACUGGGGCCAUCCCAUCAGUGCCUACUUUGUCAGGUAUCGCAAGCUGGAUGACACAGGCAACGUGGCGGGCACCUGGCAUACGGUGCGGGUCCCGGGCAGCGAGAAGAGCCUGCGACUCUCGGACCUGGAGGCCUCCAGCCUGUACGAGGUGCUCAUGGUAGCCCGUAAUGAGGCGGGCGACGGCCAACCCGCCAUGCUCACCUUCCGCACCGGCAAGGAGAGGAGCACCUCUUCUGGCAAGGGACCCUCGAAGGCACCCUUCCUUGCCCAGGCAGAGAAGAUCCCCGAGCGCGAGAUGUCCAACACGCACUUUGGGGUGGUGAUCCACGACCGGGUCCCCGAGGCUCCGGACCGGCCCACUGUUUCCAUGGCUACCGAGAGUUCCGUUUACGUCACGUGGAUUCCGCGAGCCAACGGCGGUUCUCCGAUCACGGCAUUCCGCGUGGAGUACCGGCGACAGGGCCGCAGCUCCGAGUGGGCUGUGGCGGCCGACAACAUCUCCCCGCUCAAACUAUCGGUGGAGGUUCGAAGCUUGGAGCCGGGAUCCACGUACCGCUUCCGGGUUGUUGCUCUCAACACGUACGGGGAGAGCCCUCACAGCUCCCCCUCCAAACCCUACCAGGUGUCCCCGGCCAGCCCUCCGUUCCCCGUGCGCCCGGUGGCCGGCCCCCACAUCUCCUCCACGGACGCGGUCAGCGAUACGCAGAUCAUGCUGCGCUGGACGUACACACCAUCCAGUAACAACAACACGCCCAUCCAGGGCUUCUACAUCUACUACCGGCCCACAGACAGCGAUAAUGACAGUGACUACAAGCGAGACACAGUGGAAGGCAAUCGGCAGUGGCACCUGAUUGGACAGCUUCAGCCGGAGACGUCCUAUGACAUCAAGAUGCAGUGUUUCAAUGAUGGCGGGGAGAGUGAAUACAGCAACGUUAUGAUCUGUGAGACUAAAGCCCGACAGUCCCCAGGCAUGCCCCCUGAGGACCCCAUCACACCUCCAGACCCUUAUCUACCAGCUGUCUCUAUGCCCCCGGGGGGGCUGCUGUACCUGAUCGUGGGAUGUGUACUGGGCGUGAUGGUGCUCAUCCUGUUGGUCUUCAUCGCUAUGUGCCUGUGGAGGAACCGGCAACAGGGAGCCAUGCACAAGUGCGACUCGCCCGGGUACCUGUUCCAACCUGCGGAGAUGAACGGCCAUGUGAUGGACUACACCUCCCUCCCAAGCUCUGCCCACAUCAACGGCGGUGUCCGUGGUGGCUACGGGCACGGCGGCCUUCUGCCAACACCUAGCUGCCCUCAUCUGCACCACAAGGUGACUAAUGGGAUGGCGCUGUUCAACGGUUCGGGGGCGCUGUACCCGACCAGCCAUGCUCUCAAUGGACCACCGCCCCGCAGCGCUCCGGAGUAUGACCACACCCACUCUCAUCUCCAACGCAGUGGAGGCGGGAUGUACACGGUGCUUCCGCAGUCGGAGUCCUCAGACUGCAUGAGCUGCCAGAACUUCUGUAACAAUAACAGGUGUUACACAAAAGCCAAUGGAAGCUUUUCCGGUGGCAGCCUUCCCAUCAUGCACCACUUGACGCCCCCUCUGCAGGACGGGCUGGAGUUGGUGCCCCUCUCUCACGUGACAUCACAUUGUCACAAUUCCGACAAUCAGCGGCGCACAGGGGAGGAGGAGGCCAGAGAGCCCGGGGAGGAGCCUGACGGGGACUGCAGGGUCCCGCCCCCUUCCCAGCAUUCCUGCUGCCAAUCAGGGGCAAAGCAGCAUCGCUCAUUAGAUGAAGGAGAAGAGGAGGUGCCAUUUGAGGGACUGGACAGUCAAGCAAUGUACUGGGACAGACUGGACCCGCCGGGACUGGACUGUGGCGGAAUGGGCCGAGUGGACGUUGGGAGCUGUCCGGAGGACCUGGUCCACCCCGCGCUGCAGGAGCUCUGAGGCCUGACGGAGAACGACGGGGGACGGAGGAGAGGUGGACAGCCUGUCCUCCGCCAACCCCCAGGCCUGUCCGUUGCGGGAUCCCAGACGAUCCGUGUCGUGAAGACAGGACUCAAACCUGACUGCAGGACAACCGGAGAGAGACUGAACCGCAGCAAGGAAAGCAGAACUGCAACAAAUGGGAGGAAACGAAAACAAAAAAAACUUUAAAAAGAGCA